AUGUCUUUCAACCCAGUCCAUUUUGUCCCCGCCAGCGAAAAGGCCAGCAUGCUGGCGCUUCCGGUGCGGUCGAUUCUCGCAGUUGGCCACCGACAGAAAGCGGACACGAAUCACUGGUGUCUCUAUCUUAGCACUCCCCAAAACACCUCUGUCAGAAUCGACUGUCAGCCCAGCUAUAGCGUCCCAAGUACCGUUCUGCCUGGCGGAUCCAAGGCAAAUGUCGUGAUUUCUAGACUCAAUUGUCCCGUCUCUAUGGAAGCCGAGAAGUCUUUUGAUUUGGCUGUCAAACCGAACCUAACCGCUGCCGACGUUUACAACACCAUCAUCGAACACAAUCGACAUAAGUACGAAUUCGAUUCGGAAGGCGUUGGUUGCCGGUGCUGGACAAGCGGCCAACUGGACUUCUUGCUCCAGCAGCAAAUUCUAACCAAUGCUUCGGAGGUUGCCGCAGUCAAAGAAGGGAUACUCAAGUUGUGGCCCGCUGGGACUCCUCUUGCAUUGGACCAGGGAGCCUACUAUCAGUGA